AUGGCGUUUGGGCUGAUGGUAUCUCAGAAAGAUUCUCGUUGUACUUUAAACGCUAUUAUCCUCAUGAUGUAUGAAUUGAUGAUUUGUGGUUUUGUGACCGAUGUUGUUACAAAUAAAAAAUACGAAACAGUUCUGUGCUACGUUAUAGUGGUAACAGCUGCAGGUAUAUGCUAUAGAAAUGCGUUAAAUUGUGGCUUCGUUUUUGAUGACAUGUCCGCCAUUCGUGACAACCAAGAUCUCAGGCCAACAACUCCUUUUCUUAAUCUUCUACAAAAUGAUUUCUGGGGAACUCCGAUACAAAAAGAGCAAAGCCACAAAUCAUACCGUCCGCUUUGUGUACUCACAUACAGAAUAAAUUAUUACUUUCAUAAGCUUGCACCAUUUGGAUACCACCUGACGAAUAUUGGCCUGCAUUGCUUGGUUUGCUUACUUUACAUGCGAAUAUGCAUGAUGUUUGUUCCAAAAGGAACAGCUUUUGUGGCAGCUUUGCUAUUUGCUACUCAUCCAGUUCACACUGAAGCAGUCACUGGAGUGGUAGGAAGAGCAGAAAUAUUAUCCUCCUUGUUUUUCCUGUUAGCUUUUCUAUCAUAUUCAGCAGCCACCACAUCAAGCACCACUACAGGUGUACAUUGGGCUCCAAUGUUCUGGUGCUUGCUGUUCGUAGGGAUGGCUACUUUUUCAAAAGAACAAGGUAUUACAGUCGUUGGAGUCUGCUAUGCUUACGAGAUAUUCAUCGUUCAAAGGGUAAGGCUUCCAGAACUAUUACAGAUAAUCCACACAAGCAAAGUCAGGCUUUGGUUUCGAGCAGGGAUCAUGCGGACGAUAGCAUUAGUUUCCUGCUCUCUAUUUUUGCUACUAGUAAGGCUCAGUAUCAUGGGAGCUCAACUACCAGUAUUCACUAAGUUCGACAAUCCAGCUGCUGCAGCUGAUUCUCCAAUUCGUCAACUCACCAUGCACUAUUUAGUUGCAUUGAACGGUUGGCUCUUAUGUUUCCCAUGUGAUCUGUGCUGUGAUUGGACUAUGGGUACGGUAUCGCUAGUUCAGUCAGCCCUAGAUCCACGCAACGUCGCCACUUUCACUUUUUAUGGGGUCUUGGCCGCACUGCUGUAUACUUGCCUUUGGGAGGAUGACACAAGGUCAAAAAUAGUAUUAAUGGCCAUAGCAUUCUUGGCUUUCCCCUUUUUACCAGCAUCAAAUCUCUUCUUCCCUGUGGGCUUCGUAAUUGCAGAACGAGUUUUAUACAUUCCAAGCAUGGGGUUCUGCAUGCUCGUUUCUUAUGGCUGGAGCCUUCUGCACAGCAAAAUGAAGUAUAAAACUCUGUCCUGGUGUCUAAUUUUGUUUAUAUUAGUUAUGUUCACGGCGAAAACUAUUCGUCGAAAUUUUGACUGGCAGAAUGAAUACACAAUUUUUAUGGCCGGUUUAAGGGUGAAUCAAAAAAAUGCCAAGCUCUACAACAACGUCGGUCACUCCCUGGAGAGUCAAGGGCAUCACAGCGAAGCUCUGGAAUAUUUUCAAGUUGCUGUCAAAGUACAACCUGAUGACAUAGGAGCGCAUAUCAACGUCGGGAGAACGUAUCAUCAUUUACACAUGUAUGAAGAAGCAGAAAAAGCUUUCAGAAAGGCAAAGGAUCUUCUUCCACGACCAAAAACUGGAGAGCCUUACCAAGCUCGUAUUGCACCGAGCCAUUUAAAUGUAUUCCUCAACUUAGGAAACCUAAUCUCAAGAAAUGGUUCCAGACUUGAAGAAGCUGACGCACUAUACAAGCAAGCAAUAAGUAUGAGAUCGGAUUACAUUCAGGCUUACAUUAACAGAGGGGAUAUCCUGAUUAGACUAAAUAGAACUAAAGAAGCUCAAAUAGUUUAUGAAACCGCCCUGCAGUUCGACGAUGGUAAUCCAGAUAUUUACUACAAUCUAGGUGUUGUUUUUCUCGAGCAAAGAAAUGCUGAGAGGGCACUGUUUUACUUCGACAAAGCUCUGAAGAUUAAUCCUGAACAUGAACAAGCUCUUUUGAAUUCAGCCAUUUUAAUACAAGAAAGUGGAACACCAGAAAUGAGAAAAGUAGCAUACGAAAGGUUGAACGUGCUGCUUAGAAGAAAACAAGUGAAUGAAAGAGUUUAUUUUAAUUUGGGAAUGUUAGCUAUGGAUGAAAAGAAUUUCACUUUAGCUGAAAAGUGGUUUCAAAAAGCAGUACAGAUUCGUGAAGAUUUCCGAAGUGCUCUCUUCAAUCUGGCGUUACUGCUGUCGGAAGCAGGAAGGCCAAUGGAAGCGGUUCCUUUCCUACACCGCCUUUUGCGAUAUCAUCCAGAUCAUGUAAAAGGCUUAAUACUUCUCGGAGACAUAUACAUAAACAGUAUAAGGGAUUUAGAUGCAGCUCAAAAAUGUUAUGAAAACAUCCUGAGCCAAGAGCCCGAAAACGUGCAAGCGCUUCAUAACCUUUGUGUUGUGUACGUUGAACGUGGACAUCUACAGGAAGCAGAAACGUGCCUAGAGAGAGCCUCAGCUUUGGCACCGCACGAACGCUACGUCAAUGACCAUUUAGAAAUAGUCCGAGCCAGAAGGAAACUUAUAUCGCCAACUUUCACGGACAGUAGAAACAAUUCACCUCAUCAGAUGAGUUCUGAAAAAUGCGUCAAUGUGGAAGUAAAAACCUACGAGAAAGUUAAUGAUUUAGAUGAAACUGAGGAUGAAGAACUUAUGCAGACUGGACAAAAUAUUAGAGACGAAGAUGAUGAUGGUAUAGAAAAUUUCGAAGAUCUACUGGAAUCAAGAACAAUAGUUGAGCAUAAUGAUGAAGAACAGCCAUCAAAGAAGCGAAAACUAAUGGAUAAGUAA